UAUAGAUUAAGUCAAAAUAAUUUAGAAUUGAUUCAUGGGAUGUCUGUGCUCUCGAAUAACUCAAGCAUUUAUAAUGGAUGAAGAAAGAUUAAAUCAAUCUGGAGGUGAAGAUUCAAUAGGCAGCUCUUUAUCUGAUAGGCAUUCGAGGAGUAAGUGUGAUGUUCAUGGUAGUAACGAUGGUGUUCCAGCUCAUGUGUUUACAUCAGUGGCUUUAAUGGAGUCUCGACCAGGCACGACAGAAUUAAGUUCAUUACAGCACAACAAUUAUUCGCCAACUCAAUGCAAUCAUUGUGAAGGGCACGAUACUGAUGAUGAUUCGGAACAGGAAGAAAUGUCCGAAUCAACUUCAAAUUCACUUGUUUGCUCACCUGCUGCUUCCUGCCAACAUACAAUUGAACAUUCUGAAACUUCAACAACAUCAAUUGACUCUGUUGAAGACAUCCCGAGUUCUCUGGAUAACAUCUGA